AAGACAAGAAAGACUUUGAACAGGUGGCAGUAUUGUAUUAGCUUGGGAUAAUGAGGGGGAAAACUGACCUGGCAUCGCCAUGUCAGGAAAGUUUUUCUCCUCUCCCCUCUCCCCACCCACCAAAUUGUAUAACGCAUAUAUGUUUGUUUAACCCAACAAGCAACGACCUUUCCCUUGCACUAAAAGCAAUUACCAACAAAACAAUUCAAGUCAUAAAAAUCCCUUUUGUAAAUUGUAGCUUAGCUUUGCCCAAUCGUACACGACCCCGUUUCUUUCGGCCACGCUAUCCCAACCACCCCCAUCUCCACCAAACUUCCUCUUACUUUCCACGCCUCAUCAGUUUCUUUUCCCCCUUUUUUUGCUUCUUUUUUGCUUUUCUGAUCGAACCCAUUUGGCUAAAUCGUUCAGAUUUAGCCUAUAUUCAUUGUAUGCAUGAUGAUCAGUCCCAUAUCCAUGGCGGGGUGGACAUCAAAUAACCCAAAGUUGACUCCCAAAGCGGUGGAUGGGAAUGAAAUGUUGAAGGGUCUAAAUUUAACUCCUGUUUCUCACAAGUCUUCUGGUUUGGACCUCAUACAGAACUGCGAUCUUCCUCCUCCGAUGAAAUUCUUUACGGGUUCCGAUAACAAGACUGUUUUGUCAUCCAUGAACAGGGCUUGCAGCAUGAGUAUGACCCAAGAAGAUGACAACAGGGAUGAAUUUGACAUGUGUGGAAACAGAGGUGACGGCGGCGAGAAUGAGAAGUUGGAGCUUUUGAAGGCGUUGAGGCUGUCGCAGACAAGAGCAAGAGAGGCAGAGAAGAAGGCUGAGAAAUUGGGAAAGGAGAAAGACUGCCUUUCUGAUGCUCUGCUUGCGGAGGCCAGGGAGUUGUUUGCGUAUAGGCAAUGGGUGAGGCUGCUUGAGCUUAAAGUUUCCAAGUUGGAGUCACAAUGGGCACAGCAAGAGGAAGAGGGAUCUUUUUGGGGUGGCAGAUCAAAGGGUUUGGAGGAGCAGUCGGUGAAGGAAGGAGAUGAGGGUGAGAAUGGGGAUGGCAUUUCUUGGAUUGUAGCUUUAGCUCUUUGUUUUGGCAUUGCCGGGGUAGGCUUUGCAUUUGGCUGCAGAUAUUUAUGUUGAAAUUUCAUUUUUGUAAAAGGCCAUAGCGAAAGAGAAAAAUAGGUGUAUACAUGAUCAUACCUGGUAAAUGAAUACACAUUUCAAGCUUAAAAGGU